AUGGCGCAGCGAGCCCACGAAGGCACUCCUCGUGAGGAAACCCUCAGCGAGACGAUGGAAGUCUGGAAUUUGGCUCUCUGGGCUCGUAUGCGGAGGCAACCAGAAGCGCUUAAGCCAACAGCAGCCCUUGAUUGGUCUUGCAUGCCGUCAUCAACGACCUUCACGGCCUUGCUUCACGAACCACAGCACCAGCAUCUUGAUUUUGCACAAGUUCUCGAGCUUUUACUGCCCUCUGUCAGAGCUUGGCUGAAGGCGGACUCUGCUCGUUUGCUGACCCGUGAUUACGCUUCCUCAGCAUAUAUAACUCUGGACGUCCUCAGAAAAGCACAACCCAACCCGAAUUAUGCACCGUUACUGGCGUUCCUGGAAACUGCCUUUACAAGGCAUCGAGGAGCUGGUGUACCGAUGCAGUUGCAGAAACAUAUGGACGAGUUGCAGAUCCACUUGGACUCCGCAUCGGGAGUUCAACUUCUCCAACAGUACGAAGCCGUCAUCAGAAACUUUGGCAUGAUCUACAAGCCUGCAACUACGCGUGCCCAACCGAGCCCGGAUCCUGAAGCCAAAGAAAGUAAUGUACUAAAUGAUGUGAAUGAAACCUUACCUGAAACGGCACAGCAAAUCGUGUCAAAUGCGACGAAAGAUAACCAGAACCACGACUUCUUCGAGGCAAUGGGCUCUAAUGCCAAUGCUGUGGGGCAAGAUCUACGAUCGCCGCCGACGGUCCGGAUGCUAUACAAUUACGAAGCUCCUGAUACUGGUGUGCUCUCGGUAACAGAGGGUACAGAAGUCUCCAUUGUAGAGCCCGAUGCAGGAGAUGGCUGGGUUUUAGUGAAAUUACUGCAGUCACGAUCCGACGUGGAAGCCAGUCGUUCGGAGAUCUGGGUUCCUGCUUCUUAUUUGCAGAUGACGGACUCGUCUCCGGAGCAUGUAAAUGCAGACGCUCCUCGUCCAGGGGCUGGUGAGGACACGAAGACAUCCCUGCACUUACAUACGUCGCCGACUGCGGACGCUUCGCAUCUGACGGCAACGGCGGCAUCAACGGUAGAGUUGCAAUCCGAUACGCAAUCUGCGACGCUAAGCCUGCCGAGUCUCCCCGAGUCAAGCGAUACUUCUGAGGAUUGGCGCGAUGCCGCUACGAAUCGGUUUGUCAACCUGCGGAUGGAUCGUCUCAACACAGCUAUAGCGAAGCUACAAUUGGGCCUCGCCGAGCAUAUUAAAGAAGAAGUCCUGGAAUAUGCCAGGAACCCAAACAGAGCAGCAGCGGGCCUUCCCAAUAAGCUCUACGAGCGGCUAAUGCUCGCUCUGCUUACUCUACAUAGUGCCGGCUCGGCCAUCGAGGUGUGGAAUCAUCUCGUUGGUGAUUUAAAACGGCAGCCAACUACGAGAACCUUUACUGUUAUGAUGCAAGGAGCGCAGCAAGUGCGAGACGUAAACGGCAUGGAACGCUUUUGGCAGAAGAUGCGGGACGCUGGCGUUCAGCCGGACACAUAUGCAUGGUCUACUCGAAUUCACGGAUUGAUCAGAGGUGGCAAGCUUGACCAAGGGCUGAUGGCGCUGACCGAGUGCGGCAAUGACUGGCUAAGCGCUGCCAGGACGUCGAAAAACACGGAAGUUGCUACAGGGUCACGGCACGGAGGCCGUCAGAAGACACCGACACAGGCACCAGAGCCACGCAUCGACGAUCUCGCCAAGCUCGAGGGCGAGAUCAAUGGCGUGCCGAAGCCUGACAUCAUCGUCAUGAACUCCGCCAUCUCAGGACUCGCCGUAGGUGCCGACAGAUUGAUCCCGAAGGUGCUCUCGUGGGGUCGCAAAUUCGGCAUACAGCCCGAUCUCGUCACCUACAACGCUCUACUCGGCGUCAGCAUGCGGAACGGCAUGAUCGACGAAGCCUUGUCAAUCCUCAUGCGCAUGCAAGAGCGCGGCAUGGCCACCGAUGGCACUACAUGGACGGUCAUGCUCGACAGUAUGCUCCGCGAGCAGACUCUGCAUGAUUUGACACACGAGGAGCAGGAGAGGAGAGUCAUGGGAUUCAUCACCGCGCUGGACGCAAUAUCAGAAAGUUCAUCCGACUCCUCGGGCCCGAGCGCGUUGAACGAGAAGAGCUACGCGUUGGUCAUUGACCGAUUGCUAAAAUGGUAUAAGAACAGCUCAGCCGCUAAUGCCGUCUUAGCGCACAUGAUGGACAAAGGCUUGAAGCCAACUCCACACAUCUACACCGUGCUCAUGACGCACCACUUUCAACGCGAGCCGCAACCGGACUUCGAAGCCGCGGAGAGCCUGUGGCGCCAUAUUCAGGCCGCUGAGGCUGGGCGUGGACUGGCUGUGGACGAUGUGCUCUAUGACCGUAUGAUCGAAGGCUACGCUCAGCAUCAUCAGGCGGUUGGCAUCCAACCAGUUCUCCACUUCUUGGACAGGAUGAAGAAUCAACACCGACGGCCCAGCUGGCGAGCAAUGGAGUGUGCCGCACGGGCUUUGGCAGAAAGAGGGAUGUGGGACAGGCUAACGCGUUUGGUGGCGGAUGCAAAGCAGGAGCUGCAGGAGGGAAGCGAGAGUCAGCUGUUGGUUGGCAAGAGGAACUAUGGGCAGGCGAGCUUCUGGCAGUACGUCAUUGACCUUGGUCUGCUGAGGGAUGAGAGUGUGCGGUCUUCCCUCGAGGUCAUGCGGAGAAAGACGGGAUAUAGUCCUAUGGAGAGACGCUUGAGGAACGCUGCUUAA